UAAAGUGCAAUAGAACAAUCACAAGAAAGAAUAUUAUUUACACAUUAUUAAUUAGUAUAGAAUAUUCCACACAUAAUUGACAAAUUAUUCAUAAGGAGCACAUUGACAUCAACUAAGAAAUGGCUCUACAGAGGUGUUUACAAUCAUCAAGGAACUAUCUUUCAAGAUGUUACUUACUACAGUCCAAUUUGAAGCAAUCAUACUGUGAGUUACGUCACAAAUACAGCAGCGAUGCAUCUAAAAGAUUAUACACAGACCGGCAUGAAUGGGUGACAGUAGACAAAGACAUUGGCACUAUUGGAAUAAGUAAAUAUGCACAAGAAUCUCUUGGUGAUGUUGUGUUUGCACAACUGCCAGAUCCAGGUACAAAAUUAAAAGCAGGAGACGAAUGUGGUGCUUUAGAAAGUGUGAAGGCAGCUAGUGAGAUAUAUUCACCUGUUAGUGGCACUGUCACUGAGAAAAAUAACAAAGUUGAGGACAAACCAGCACUAAUCAACACGUCAUGCUACGACCAAGGGUGGCUAUUCAAACUGAAACUUUCAAAUCCUGAGGAACUACAAGAACUCAUGGAUGAUAAGAAGUAUGAAGAAUUCUUGAAGACAGAUGUUGAGAAAGACCACACAUAAGACAAAUUAAUAAUUAUACAAUUAAUUAUUUGAUUAGAAUAAUAAAUUGUUAUGUUUGUGAUUAUUGCUUUUAAACAAUUUUAUGUAGUUUGUAAAGUAAAACACUGUUUUUGUGCAAUAUUAUUUAUUUAAGUGCAUUCUUGAAAUAAAAAAUCCAAACACAAUCACUUCUACUUUGGCAUUAAUGUUCAAAAAUAAUUUAUCACAUAAUGUACUACUCUUAUCCUAUUUGAAAGACAAGUUGAGCUAUCACCACAAAAAUAUUUUUAAGAUAUUAAAUCCAAAUACUAAUAAAAACACAAAAGGAAAAUGUUAAAAUUUUGGUAAAAAAUCUAGGUAUUUGUGCUAUUCAAGCAUUAAAACAAUAAAUGCAUCUGUAAAGUGAUAUUGAGCAUCUUAACAACUGUCAAUGACCACUGAUAGACAUAAAAUAUAGUUUUAUAGAUAAAGUGUACAUAAUUUAUGGGAAUACAUUAUUUAUAUUUAGCCAGGGCAUUAAACAUGCAUUAUACUGUAUCUUUAGAAGACUUAAUUAUUGAAGAGAGGACUGAUAGUAU